AUGAACUCCGCACAGCAGGCCGCCUUGGCUGCAUUUCGAGCAAAGAAUCAACCUAAAGAGCAACCACAGGCUGCCAACAGCAGCAUUACUCCAGAACAAGAUGGCCCCAGCCGAAAAACCCAGCUCACUCUGCGGCAAAGUGGAAGGAAUUCCGAGCUGGUCUCGUCAAAGGCCAAUAGAGCGGAAAACCUGACCAAGGAACCAAAAUGCGCCCAGGCGAAAGUGAUUCGAAGGCUGGCCACACCAGACCUAAAACUUCGAAUAGACACGUCAGUCGCUCACCUGCCGUCUCUGGCGUCUUUGGCCACGGCAGCUGCAGAGCUAUCCUCCAGGCACCACAAGAGUAAUGCCUCCGAGUCAAAUUACCUCACACCAACCGCAAGAACACCUGCAGCUUUGGCGGCGGCGUUUUCCGAGAGAUCGUCGCAGAUGCUGUUGCCUCGAUCGUCAGCUUACGAAAACGAUUCAUCGUCGGGGUCGCUUUACCAUGAAGACUCUUCUGUUCCGAACCAGAGCAGCUCUGACGGCCAGGGCACCACGAAUCCACUGCGCCUGCGAAUAAGCGUGACAACGGACCCAAAGGAAAUGGUCGAGAAAAUGAAGCAGUCGAUCAAUUCAAAAACUAAAAGUGGGGUUGCCAAAAAAAGCGCUGAACGCAGUAAGGCCGCCUUGAACGAAUUCAGACAAACAGUGGACCUGAAGAGGUAUUCCACUCCAGUCCCCACCAGCCACAAUGAUUCUAGAUUAUUCGGUGCAUUGAACAGUGAGUUGCAAAGAUCACAGUCUAGUUUGGAUCUGCGAUUCACAGAUGAAUCGCUGCCUUCAUUUGAGCAUCCAUUUAUCAGUAUCAAGGACCUUCAGGAUCUUAAUAAUUCUCGCAUAUCAGUGGAGUCCUAUGUUUCGGGAAGCGAAAGUGAGACACCGGUCACUCCAUCAAUUGCAGUGGUUGAUACGGAUGAGGAAGGUGCACUCAAGGCUCCAUCCGAGGCUCCUGGGAAAUCAGUUCAACCUAUAGCAGUUCCACCAUCGCCUAACGCAGUUGCUCGCAGUACAGCCGUUGGUGGCCCAAACGGAGCUGAGUUGAUAGCACAUCUCUCUCUUAACUCGCUGCCGAAUUUAUCUGAUGUGAAAGUUGAGGAGAAGAAGGCUAGGAGAAAGCCUCCACCAGAUAUGGAAGAUGAGAACACGCGUGGAUCCUUGGAGCGUUCUGCAAGUAAUGUACUGAGUGGAGUUGAUGAGAACGGGGAAUCGAAGUUUCCCCAGUAUCCUGACAUACCUGAGAAGAAGAAGAAAAAACGAGGGCUAUUCAAGAAAAGCAAGCAUAAUCACAGUGCUUGUAACACUGCACCUCAAGAGCGGCUUUCCUUCGAGCAAACAAAUGCCAAUGAGGUAGAGGAGACGCCACCGCCAGAGAAUCCAAGGAGCGGAAUCUCUCCUGUUGUUGCUAACCCUCACAUUGCAUUGAAGACAACCAUGAGAAAGGCAAAGAAGAAGAAAGCAUUCGAUGAGAACAAACCUUGGAAAAACCAUGAAUCGCUAGAUGGGAUUCUGGAGAGUGAGCGUAAGAGAUACGAAGGUGUUUGGGCCAGUAACAAGGGUCUAUAUAUGGAUAAGGUGGUCACACGCCUUGUUGGGGUGGACUACAACAAAGACUACGGUGGUGAAAGUGAACUUAGAAAAAACUUCGAUCCGCUGCUUUUAGCAGCUAAGCUUUCAACCGCAGCUGAAGAAGCUGCUAAUGAAAAUACAGAGAACCAUAUCAUAGAGAGACACAACCUUAAGCACGCUGACCCGCAUGAGCUCAUCCAUGGAUUGGUUGUUAAGCAGAUUUGGGAGAGGAGCGGGCUCCCUCCUGAAACGCUUUCGCAAAUUUGGGAUCUAGUUGAUUUCCGCAAAGACGGCACGCUCAACAAGAUUGAGUUUUUGGUCGGAAUGUGGCUAGUGGACCAGUGUCUCUACGGUAGGAAGCUCCCGAAGAAAGUGGAAGAGCUGGUUUGGAGCAGUUUGGGCAAUAUUGGGAUCAACGUUGUUAUCCGCAAGAAAAAACGAUAA